UUAUAUAUUCUUGAUCAGUUAGAAUCAAAAACUGACUUAAUAAAAACACAUAAUGCUAUAUUGAGAAAAUGGUUGCCAGGCAACCAUUUGUUGUCUUAUCUGUGGUGCAGGUCAGACGCAGUGCUGAACUUCGGAUGAUAUUCGUAGUAUCCUUGUCUAUUCAGCCAUGACUUUCAGAGGAAAUUGGACUCUCAUAACGCAUAACAACACAGCCUACAUCCCAUCGUCUCUGAUGCCCGGGUACUGUGGACACAUUCCUACUACAAAAUUCCUGUAUGGGGAGACUUUUGGCAAUUCAUCCCUAAAGUACUUCCAAAAUAUCCGAACUGCCGAAAUGGCCUCCAGCAAAAGCCUUUCCAAUAAGGGUGGUGUGCCCCUGAGCUCCCAUACGCAAGACAGUAUCUUCCCCUACUGGGUCCGUUACAACAUUGACUUCAAAAGGCAGAAGGAGAUCAAGGACUUCAACAUGUUGUCACAGAAGCACAGGGAGAAUUACAAAGAUAAGACUGGCACUGUGCAACCUGUCAAUUACUUUGUCAUGCAGUAAAAGAGGCUGAGAAGAACCCUCCAGAGAUAAUAUCUAAUUGCCUCUCUCUCAUGGUCCCCUGAGAUAGUCAAAGACUAUGGCUGUCCAGUGAUUAUUUGUGAUGGAGUCUUAUUUGCUGAAGCAUUACUCAGGGUUAACUGUGCUUGGAGCUCUGCAGUCUCUAGGGGUUUUAUGUUCAGUUAUGUUUACAUUUAGAUGCUGGGUAGUUUCUGGAGUCAUAAAGAAUUUAUGUUCAAGCGAAACUAGAGUUGUCG